AUGACCAACAUCAGAUGGCUGCCGCAGGACCGCAUCGUCCGCUACGCCUUCGGCUGGAACCCUGACGGCGACAACGUUUGGUACUGGCGCAAUGUCCACGCGGUCUACUACACCUCAAUGGACCUGCGGGCAUACCCGUUUGACAGGCAGUCGCUGCUGGUGCAGAUGGAAGUGCCAGAGGCGCGCAUGGGCUGGAGCGGCGCCCUGGUCAACCUGAUCCCCUCUGUCACAGGCAACGCCAUGUUCACGGCACGCACGGGCUCCGACCAGCUCAGCGGCUGGGGCGUCGACGGCGUGACACUCACAAAGUACUCCUACCCCCUCUGCUCCCAGCCCCUCGCGCACGCCAAUGGGCCCUCCGCCCCGACCGACCCCUCCCCCCUCGUCCCGGACUACAUGGCGCCGCUGAUGGGCGAAGGCCGCGCCCAGGAGUGCGCCGCGACAAUUGGCGCGCUGCCGGACCCCCGGGCCUCUGUUUUCUACCGCACCUCGCUCGUGGCGGGGGUGGUUGGGGAGCCGAUCUCGGUGUCGGGGCUGAACAUCCACAUCCACGUGCGGCGGUUCUGGGUGCCGUUUUUCCUCAUGGCCAUCUUCCCUAUUGUGGCCACCACCUGGCUGGCCUUCCUGGUGUUCCUGCUGCCCCGCAAGGACAUGGAGGCGCGCCUGGGGGCAGUCACGGGGCUCUUCCUCGCCCUCGCGGCCAUCCAGUUCGUCAUCACGGGCAUGACCCCCGCCAGCUCCUACGUGACCGCGCUGCAGCAGCUGGUGCUCUGCUCCUACGUGACGCUCAUCCUGGUUGGUCUUGAGAAUGUCAUGCUCUGGUGGCUGACCAUAUACCACAAGGACAAGGCCAGGUGA